GUGCGGAGCUGCAGACUAUGACCCUCAUCGUUUCUUGGACUGAUCAACUCUUAUACCACUAUUAACUGCAAUUCAACAGUUGUUUUAUUAUUUGCGCAAGAGGAAUCUACUUCUCCUUUUCCACGCUCCUGUGUUGUUUUUCUUCAUUUUCUGACCCGAGAAUGACCAGCACGAUGAAGUUCGCUCGGUCCCUGAUGAAGGCUGCGGCGCUGGCCAAUGUGCCCAAACACAUUGACCAUUUCUCCAAGUUCUCCCCUUCGCCUCUGUCCAUGAAACAGUUCUUGGAUUUCGGUACAAUCAAUGCCUGCGAGCGCACGUCCUUCGUCUUCCUUCGCCAGGAGCUCCCCGUCCGCUUGUCCAACAUCAUGAAGGAGAUCAAUCUUCUGCCGGACAAGCUCCUGUCGACGCCCUCCGUCCAGCUGGUCCAGAACUGGUACAUACAGAGCCUCAUGGAGAUCCUGGAAUUUCUGGAUAAGAGCCCAGACGAGCAGGAAGUCCUUGAGACAUUUGUAGAGGUCUUGGAGAAUGUAAGGAACCGACACAACGAGGUGGUGCCCACCAUGGCUCAGGGAAUCAUCGAGUACAAAGACGCCUUCGACCAGCACGACGCCGUCACCGACCACAACAUCCAGUACUUCCUGGACCGCUUCUACACCAGCCGCAUCUCCAUCCGCAUGCUCAUCAACCAGCACACUCUGGUGUUCAACGGCAACACGAACCCCGCCCACCCCAACAGCAUCGGCUGCAUUGACUCCAUCUGUGAUGUAACGGAGGUUGCGCGAGACGCGUACGAGAGUGCAAAGUUGCUGUGCGAGCAGUAUUACAUCGGCGCGCCGGAGCUGGAGCUGUGCCAGAUGAACGCCAACAGCAUCAAAGAGCCCAUCCAGAUCUCAUACAUCCCAUCCCAUCUGUACCACAUGCUCUUCGAACUCUUCAAGAACUCUAUGAGGGCGACCAUCGAGAACCACGAGGCCAGCAGGACCCUCCCGCCCAUCAAAGUCAUAAUCGCCCUCGGUGGAGAGGACCUGACGAUCAGGAUGAGUGACAAAGGGGGCGGAGUUCCCUUCAGGAAGACCGAGCGGCUGUUCAGCUACCUGUACUCCACGGCUCCCAGACCCUCCUUCGAAGAUAAACACAGAGCCCCACUGGCAGGGUUUGGCUAUGGUUUGCCCAUCUCUCGCCUCUACGCUCGCUACUUCCAGGGAGACUUGCAGCUCUACUCCAUGGAGGGUUAUGGCACCGAUGCCGUCAUACACCUCAAGGCUCUGUCUACGGACUCUGUUGAGAGGCUGCCGGUUUUCAACAAGACCGCCCUGCGUCACUACAAGCUGACUUUGGAGGCAGACGACUGGUGCGUUCCCUCCAAGGAGCCACUGAACCUCGCGGUCUACCGCAACGCCAAGUGACCUGAUGUGGUGUUUCACAGAAACAUUUAUUAGCUGACCAUGAAGUAUCCACUAAAGGAUGGACGUUGUGGGACCAGAGCUAAGGGCCCCCCGGGGGGGGGGGCGCCUCGGGAGCUGAAGCGACCAAAAGCGGCCAGUGAGAUUAGAGAGCAGGUCGAGGAUCUGCGUCCUGAUUGUGUAGGAAUGUCCUUGAUUGAAGCAAGCAUCUUCUUCCUGCUUCCUGCUUUUUAUUUUUUCUAGAUUGUUCACAAGUGUGCUGUGAAAUAAUGGAAGCGAUGAAAAAGGUUCGGUCGAGAUGGCAAGUGGCGAAUAGGAGGUGGGAUGGAAUUGGAACUGAAAUGGAAAUAAUAUCUAAUUUGGAAACCUAUAAUUGAAAUCCCAAAGUGGGAUAAUCCACUACUAAACACAGAGCUAUUAUCCAUUUAGAACAGAACAGAUAACGGUGCUUGUUUUUAUGCACAUUUUUCAUUUGUGCUAAAAAAAAAAAAAGAAAAAAUGAGUGGAAAUCAAAAUGCUGAUUUACUCUUAUUCGGCCUCACUUAAUAUUGUACGAGCUACAGCUUGGUGACAGAUGUGUAGGCAGCAGCAAGAUGUUCAGAUGAAAGAAAGAGACAGUGGAAGGUUUUGGAAGGUUUUGCCAAGUAUUGAAAUAGAAGCGUGUCUUCCAGGUGAACGCUAUUCCUCAUAUAUUUCACCCGAAUGUUGGCGAUAAGGUUUGCCGGGUGGGGUGCUAAUGAACCAGUGCCGUCCUCAGGUUUCAAAAUACCAUGUGAAGUUUUUUUUUUGUUUGUUUGUCUUUUUUUCCACAGAAACAUGCUUGCCUGUUUUCUUUUUGGUUCAAGAAUCACAACAUUUCCUCAGGCUUUGUGAGACUGCUACCCAGGGCACUAUGCAAACACGUGUUGCCUCAAAGAAACUGUAAGCAACUGCGUCAUGUGGCAUCGAGCCGCUUGACAGUGCAGAGCAAAGAGGCGUUGCGCUGCUAAAUUAGCGAGAGAACCCUAGGGUUGAUGGUUGGCGUUCAGCAGGUACUGAAACAUUGCCUCGGAUUUGCGUCAAUGUAGCUUCACUUGAACGUAAUGGUCAAACUUCCUUCAGCUUUGCUACGAGUUUGAAAAUGAUGUAUAUUGUGAUUCACUGUGUACACUCGCAGAUGUGUGUGUGACCCAAACACUGUGUUACUGAGGUGCCUGUAUUUUCCACUAUGAAGUGUAUUUUGAAGUGUUGAUACUGGAGUAAUUUUAUUUUUAUAAUGAAACGUUUAAAAAAUAAAUCAUCACAAAAUGAA